AUGAAUGUGCAUGCGAUCUGGGUAUGUACUGCUGCUGCAGACGUGUGGGGAGGGGAAAAUAGCAUUUUCAGCAAAUGGAGGAGACAUUUUUCUGAUUUUCAGCUUUUAUGGACAGAGUUGGUUACUAUUCUUAAUAAGGAGAGUAUUGAAUUGACCUCAUUCGUAAUGUAUCACCUGUGGGCCAGGAGGAAUGCUUUCAUCUUCCAAAAUCAAUUUUCGCAGCCAGUCACAGUCACAACAAGGGCUCAGUCGGAGCUCUCUUUGUUUAGAGAGUUCAAUACAGCCAACAGGAGUCGAGCUGAAGGCAGUACGACUAGCAGUUUGCUUGGAACCUGGAAGCCUCCUAAUCAGCCUUUUGUUAAAGUUAAUUUUGAUGCAGCAUUUAUUGAGGGCAAUGACAGAAUGGGGAUGGGGAUAAUUAUUAGAGACCAUGCAAGAAGUUUAAAAGCCUGUUUGCAUGCCUCAAGGGACCACAUUCACUCAGUAUUCCAAGCUGAAGGAGUUGCUCUUCAUAGAGCUAUGGUUUUAGGCCUCGAAAAGUUCGACCGAUAA